ACAGUCGACAGAUGUCAUAAAGAUCGUGAGUCGUGUGGUAUGGUUGCUGGUGCCUUGAUUGUAAAUUUAUAGUUAAGAAACGUGUAUAGAAAGUUAUUUACACACUAGUUUAAUUAAUAAAUCCCAAAAAUGGUUUUCUACUUCACCAGUAACGUGGUGUCUCCGCCGGUGACCCUUUUCAUGGGAGCUGAUAAACAUGAAAACGAAGAUUUGAUAAAAUGGGGUUGGCCUGAGGAUGUUUGGUUCCAUGUAGACAAAGUGUCUUCAGCUCACGUAUACCUUCGUUUAGCCCCGGGUCAAACUAUUGAUGACAUACCAAAUUCUGUAUUGGAUGAUGCCUGCCAGUUAGUCAAAGCAAAUUCUAUAAUGGGUAAUAAAAUGAAUGAUAUAGAUAUUGUCUAUACAAUGUGGGGAAAUUUGAAGAAAACUGCAGGAAUGGAGGCAGGACAAGUCGCAUUUCAUAAAGAUAAGGAUGUCAGAAAAGUGAGAGUAGCCAAAAGAAGUAAUGAAAUAAUAAAUAGAUUGAACAAAACUAAAAAAGAAUCUUUCCCAGAUCUGAGAAUAGAAAGGGAAACUAGAGAUAGGCUAGAAAGGGAAGAUAAAAAGAAACUUUUAAGAGAAAAGAGAGAAAAAGAAAAGGAAGAAGAAAAAAAGAAGAAGGAGGAAGCAGAGCUGAGAAGUUACUCCACUCUAAUGAAAGCGGAAAAUAUGACCACUAAUAAGGAUGGCAAUGAUUCAGAUGACUUUAUGUAACAAAUAAAUAAUAAAAAUAUUUAUACCGACA